GGGGCGGGACCGGGAGUGGAUGGCGGCGGCGGCGGCGCGUGGGGGGGAGAAAGCAGCACCCGGAAGGGAAGAGCGCCAGGCUCCCCGCGCGGCAGGAAAGCGAUAGUCAAGCUAUGUCUACCAACUUGAAAUACCUAUCCUUGGGGAUUUUGGUAUUCCAGACAACUAGCUUGGUUUUGACUAUGCGGUAUUCAAGGACACUGAAAGAAGAAGGACCUCGUUAUCUAUCUUCAACUGCAGUGGUUAUUGCUGAGCUUUUGAAGAUCACAGCCUGUAUUUUGUUGGUUUACAAAGACAGCAAGUGCAAUUUACGAUCUCUGAACAGAGUGUUGCAUGAUGAAAUCCUUAAUAAGCCUAUGGAGACACUUAAACUUGCUAUUCCUUCUGGGAUUUACACACUGCAGAAUAAUCUCCUGUAUGUUGCCUUGUCAAACCUAGACGCAGCCACUUACCAGGUCACGUAUCAGCUGAAAAUUCUUACCACUGCGUUAUUUUCUGUGUCCAUGCUCAGUAAGAAAUUAGGUGUGUAUCAAUGGCUUUCAUUAGUGAUUUUGAUGGCUGGAGUUGCAUUUGUACAGUGGCCAUCAGAUUCACAAGAAGCGGCCACUAAGGAACUCUCAGCAGGAUCACAGUUUGUGGGCCUGAUGGCAGUACUUAUAGCCUGCUUUUCAAGUGGAUUUGCUGGAGUGUAUUUUGAGAAAAUCUUGAAAGAAACAAAACAGUCAGUAUGGAUCAGGAACAUUCAGUUGGGAUUUUUUGGCAGCAUAUUUGGCUUGAUGGGCGUCUACAUUUAUGACGGGGAACUUGUAUCGAAGAAUGGGUUUUUUCAAGGUUAUAACCAGCUCACCUGGAUAGUCGUCGUUCUGCAGGCACUUGGAGGCCUUGUUAUAGCUGCUGUUAUAAAAUAUGCAGACAACAUUUUAAAAGGAUUUGCAACAUCUUUGUCUAUUAUACUGUCAACAUUAAUCUCAUACUUCUGGCUGCAAGAUUUUGUCCCUACAAGUGUUUUUUUUCUUGGAGCCGUUCUUGUAAUAGCUGCUACAUUCCUAUAUGGUUAUGACCCAAAGCCUGCGGGGAAUCCUACUAAAGCGUAGCAGAAUCUUCAGUGCCAGCCCUUUAUUUGCAAAAACUGUGCAUUAAGGACCUCAAAAUAAUUAUAUGGAGGACCACCAAGCACUGGAAUGGAAGAGUUUACAUGGUAUCUGAAGAAUGACAACAUAUUAAAAUACUGGUUUAUGGGAGACAAAACUACAGAAAGACAGAAAACAGUAUGUACCUCUGGAAACGAAGGAAGUCCUAGAACAAAACUUGAAGGGAACAUGUUGCAACUAAUACCUACAAUUAGAAAUGCUUCCUGCUUGAACUCUGAGGUUAAAUCAGAAUUAUUUACUGUAUUUGACAGCUGCAGAAAUGCCCUAUGCACUCUUCUUGCAAGAGCACAUGACAUUUGUUGAAUUGUACCUUUUUUCUUUUCUUUUUUGCAAAUCGACGAUUUCAUCUUAGUAUUUUUUUUUAAACUUGCUGUAUAUUUGUAAUUAUCAAAUCAAAGUGAAAUAAGACUUGGUGCAACCAUGGCGUUUCUGAUUUGGUAUUCCGAUUUAAACCCCUGCAAAGUAGGAUUGAAUCAUUCUCCUUUCAAACAUUUUAAAUAUUUUAUAUAGAAAGCUGAACAAGUAAACAGAAAUUGGUGUUGGGAAACGUAUCUAUACACAUUUCUUACGGUCACGAGAAAUCUUUUUGAUAAGAUUCCCAGAGAGGAAGUAUUUGAAUCCACAAAUAAUAAAAAGGAUUAACCAGAAGUGUUGUGUAUAUGUAGGGAUCAGGUCACAAAUCUAUGCUGCUGCAGCACAACCAUUGAGUCUGACCAAAGGCUUCGUAAAAACAAAUCGAAGAGGCAUAGCUGCUGUGCUUUCAUUCAACAAAAGGCUAUGAUAAAGUGCCAGAGUUGGCACCAGAUAUGGAUGUGUGUGUUCAAAGAGCAAAUCAUUUAUAUAUAUAUAUAUAUAUAAGCGAAAAAAGUCUUGUAAUUACCUUACAGUGCAUUUCAUUGCUUCAAAAUUUAAUUUGAAAAUAUUUUAAACUGUAUUUUUUAAAUUAGUCAUGGAAAUGUUUAAAGGUAUAAUCGUUCCUUUUGGAGCCAUGGUGAUAUAUCAUGUGAAUAUACUGUAUUAUAUUACAGAGCUUUAAAA